AUGAUAGACCCCAAGUUUGAAUUGGGGAUGAAAUUUGAGUCAAGGCAACAAUUCAAGGCAGCAGUGACCGAAUAUGGUAUCAAAAAAGGUAAAUCAGUCUGGACAUGUAAAAAUGAUACCAAAAGGAUGAAGGCUGUUUGUAGAGACCCGUGUCCUUGGUUUGUCUUUGCAUCAAUUGAGAGAGCACUUGGUACAUCAGAUUUGGUGGUAAAUACAAUGCAUGAUGUGCAUGAGAAUUGCAAUCACGCUUGGAAGAAUAAAAACAUGACUUCUACAUGGCUAUCCAAUAGGUAUAUGGAGAGAAUCAGGUCUAACACAAAGAUGCCUGUUAGGGAGCUUAGGCAAACUGUUCAUGAGGAUUAUGAGGUUGAGAUUUCUAAAUGGGUGGCUAGAAAACCAAGAGCCAAGGUUAUACAGCUUAUUAAGAGGUUUGCAGAGGCACAAUACAAGAAGAUUUGGGAAUAUUACAGUAAUCCAAGAUUCAUGCGACUAUACUGCUGCCUUGGGCCACUUAAGAAAGGCUUUAAGGAUAGUUGUAGGGCUAUUAUAGGCUUAGAUGGAUGCCAUCUGAAAGGCACUUAUCCAGGACAAUUACUUACUGUUCUUGGAGUGGACCCUAACAAUGGUUAUUGGCCAAUUGUGUGGGCAGUUGUGGAGAAAGAAGCCACGGAACAAUGGACAUGGUUUCUAAAGUUGUUGAGUGAGGAUUUGGAUAUACAAAACCAAUGCCACUACACUUUUAUCUCUGACCAACAAAAGGGACUGGACAGAGCAUUAGCUGAGGUGCUUCCAAACUGUGAGCACCGAUAUUGUGUGCAGCAUUUAUAUAGAAAUUUUAAGAAAAAGCAUCCAGGAGAGGCGUUGAAGGAGAGAUUUUGGAAUAUUGAAGCACACAACUGGGUGAAAAAGGCACCUCAUCCUCGGCAUUGGUGCAAGGCAUUUUUCCCAACUCAUGCCAAAAGUGAUAUGAUGGUCAAUAACCUUUGUGAAUCUUUUAAUGCUCAUAUCCUUGAAGCCAGAGAUCAGCCUGUAAUUUCACUACUAGAGACUAUCAGAGAGUAUAUUAUGGAUAGGAUUCAACAAAGAAAGACAGCUAUGGAGAAAUGUAAAGGUCCUAUUGGACCACUGCCCAAGGAAAUUGUUGAUGAAAGAGUGAAGCGUUCAACUCACUGGAAUCCUAUUUGGAAUGCUGCUGUUGGUUAUCAAGUGAAGGGCCUUAAAGGAGACCAAUAUGCUGUAGACCUAAAAAAAAGGCAUUGCACCUACAAAUUAUGGGCCAUAUAUUGUAAUAUCCUCCAAUCAAUUAGUGGUGAAAUUCUAUGGCCCCCAUCCACCAUGCCUAUAUUGGACCCACCACUCACUGUUGCUCAGCCUGGGAGGCCAAGAAAGGCUCGAAGGAAAGACAUCACAGAGGAAAAAAAUCAUGGUAGAAAAUUGAGAAGGAGAAUUAUUAUACAUUGCAAAAAGUGUGGGAAGGCAGGUCACAAUGCAGCUACAUGCUGCAAAGAAGGGUCUACUCAAUCUAAUCAAGUAGAAGACGAUACUGAUAUUGGUCUACAUACUCCACAGGGUGCAGAAAAUCCUAGAAGUCCAAAGUCCUCUACGAGGCCAUCUAAAAGGCAGACUGUUAGAAAGGACCAGCAAAGGAAGAAAAAAAGAAAUGUGCAGCAACAAUCUCCUCAAGUUCACGAGGCGUAUGAGUAUCAGAAUGAACACCAACAUAAGGCAUUUGAAUCUGAGCAUUAG